AUGGCGUCCACCAGCUCAGGGUCCUUCGAGGACUCGCCGCCCGUCUCGACGGCUCCGAGCUCGACGUCGAGCGAGACGGAGACUGCUGGUGUGACGGGCGCGGCGCAUGCCCCGGAGAAAUCGCCUGACGAUACGAGUAAGCUGCGGAUGUUUUUGGGGAUUCUGAGGAAGUUCAUCGGCGUAGCAGACAUUGCCUCUGUACGGUUUUCGUUGCCCGCCCAGCUCCUGGAGCCGACGCCCAAUCUCGAGUACUGGAACUACCUAGACCAACCGAACACAUUCAUCGCGAUUGGGGACUCGAACGACGAGUUCGAGCGUAUGCUUGAGGUGCUGCGCUUCUGGUUCACGAAGGAUCUGAAAUAUGUCAAGGGGAAGCCGUGCAAGCCUUACAAUUCGGCACUGGGAGAGUUUUUCAGGUGUAAUUGGGAUGUAGAGGAUAAUGCUCCUGCGAUCUCGACUAUCAAGGCGGCGUCGAUGAAUGGGAGUGCGGCCUCUUCUAUUAAAUCGGGGAAACACACGCCGGCGGGGUCGAGACAUGCGUCUUCGUCAAGCAUUCCUAAAAUCACCAACUUAGAAGCUGUCGCUACGCCUAAGUCAGGGAAGAAAGUCAAGGUUUCAUACCUGACCGAACAGACAUCCCAUCAUCCUCCAGUCUCGGCUUUCUUCGUCGAUUGUCCCGAAAAGGGACUGACUGCUCGGGGCUUUGACCAGUUGUCUGCUAAGUUCACAGGCACGAGUAUCAAAAUCACGCCCGGAGAGCAUAAUCUCGGAAUCUUCAUCACGCUCGCAAAGCGCGAUAACGAGACCUACCAACUCACGCACCCGGCUGCUCACCUGGGCGGUCUGCUCCGUGGAAGCUUAAGUGUAACAGUCGGCGAGCGAUGCAGCGUCACUUGCGAGAAAACAAAAAUCAAGACAAUAUUGCAUUACAUGGAAGAAGGCUGGCUCGGCAAGACGCAGAAUAAAGUGGAAGGAGUGGUAUUCAGAUAUGAUCCGGAGAAAGAUGAUAAAGUGAGGAUACGAGAUGUGCCCGAGAAGGAUGUGCUGGCGAGGAUAUCGGGGACUUGGAGGGAGAGGAUUUUUUUCUCGAUGGGUGCGAAAUCUGACCAAUUAAUACCUCUAAUUGACCUGGCCCCUCUCUCCGUACCCCCCAAGGUCCUGCCCCCAACCGCGCAACAACUUUCCAAUGAGAGUCUACGCUUCUGGUCCGGCGUCACGGAUGCGAUCACAGCGCGCCAGUUCUCUCGCGCUACCGCCCUGAAGCAAGAGUUAGAGGAGCGGCAAAGAGAGAAGGCGAAAGAGAGGGAGGAGAGCGGUGUUGAGUGGCAGCCGAGGUUUUUCAUCGGUGCUGUUACGCCGCUUGGGAAGCCUGAGCUGACGGAUGAGGGGAAGCAGGUGUUGAAGGGGCUUCAGGAGGGAAGGUGGGAGUUAAAGGAGAGCGAGGUUUUGGGUGCUUAG